GCGGUGGGUCCGGCUCCGGCAGCUGGCGGCCAGUUGUCUGGUGGCUGCCACCAAGCUUACGGUACUGGUUUCUCCCCUAUAUAUAGCUAUAUAUAUAUAUAUAUACACGCCCUGUGUCCAGUUCUUUUUCUUCGAGUCUUGCUCCUCGCUCCUUAUUGUACUGUUUUCUGGAACCAAUUAUAGCUCUAGCAGCAUGAAUCCAGCAGAAUCUGUAAAAGAAGCCCCUUCAUAUGAACACCACAAAGAGGUCAUCAGCCUUGCUGCCAGUCAGAAUAAGUUCACUCGUGACUUAUAUAUGAAACUGGCCGAGAAGAGUUCGGGAAAUGUGUUCUUCUCUCCCUUGAGCAUCAUGACAGCCUUGGGGAUGACGUACACCGGGGCGUCUGGCAACACUGCCAGGGAGAUGAGGUCUCUCAUGCAUCUCUCACAGGAUAAUGAUGCUCUCCUUAAUGCCUUUCAUGACCUUGUUAAAGACUUCAAGAGAGAAGUUGCUGACUAUGAGCUGAGGACAUCCAACAUGGCGUAUGUUUCUGAGAAGAUGACUCUGCUGAGUGACUUUGACCACAUGCUAAGAGAGAAGUUUCUCACUUCUUGCAAGACUGUGAACUUUGAUGAGGACGAGGCGGUGCGUCAAGAGAUCAACGCCGCUGUGGAAAAGGAAACAAAUGCACGCAUUAAAGACCUCAUUCCUCAAGGGUUCUUCUCUAACUUGACGAGGAUGGUGCUGGUAAAUGCAGUUUACUUUAAGGGAUCAUGGGAGCAGCAGUUCAUGGAGAGUGAGACAUUUGAGGAAAACUUUUGGAUAACAGAAAAUGAAAGCAUCAUGGUGCCAAUGAUGCACAUUAAGGAAGACUUCCGCAUGAUGCACAACAAAGACCUCGGGGCAAAACUUCUUGCAAUGGACUAUAAGGGAUCAAGGCUGAGCAUAGUAUUUGUGUUGCCAGACAAGCGUGAUGGACUUCCAGAGAUUGAGACCAAUCUGGACAGUUUAGAUUUAAACAACAUUGAUACGCUGAUGACAGUUGAAGUGAAAGUUACUUUACCCAAGUUUAAACUGGAAGAAUCAUUGGAUUUAGUCAGUCAUCUGAGAGAGAUGGGAGUGAGGGAUCUAUUUGAUGAAGGAAGCUGUGAUUUAUCCAGGAUCACAGGAAACAGAAACCUUUAUGUUUCAAAAGUGGUCCACAAAGCUUUCUUGGAGGUCAACGAGAAGGGCAGUGAAGCAGCUGCGGCUACAGGUAUGGGGAUGGUGACUUUUUGUUACCGUCCGAAUCCUGCCGUCUUCGUUGCUGACCAUCCAUUCAUGUUCUACAUUAUAGACCGAAGAGCAGGAAUAGUGGUGUUUGCCGGCAGGUUUGUGGUUCCCUAAUCACUCUCUGCCAGGGAGGAUCAGCGAUGGUUGUUAAGCUUACAGUGUGUUAGUGUCAUGAUGGUAUCCAUGUUUGUAUAAAGCUUAUGAAGGAAAUAUUUCAUUUGCAGAUUAGAUUAAAUAAAUAUACGUUCAUGCCAGAAUAAAAUAUAGUGGUCUGCAUCCUCAGCUUGCAUCCAAAGAUCCGAGGCUCGAUCCCCGGGCAGAACUGAGACGCAUUUCGAACGUUCCCUUUCACCUGAUGCCUCUGUGCACCGAGCAGUAUAUAGGUACCUGGGAUUUAGUCAACUGUUGUGGGUUGUAUCAUGGGUAAGGUCAUCAGUAGUAGGCUUCGUGUCCCUGACACUGGGGAACCACAUAGUUGAGGUGACUCCUGGGGGAUCGCGGCCUGUGUUGGGUGUAGUUCACAUUAUUACAUGAUUUAACUAAUAUAAACUUUGUUAUUGUUCACAAUGCUAAGUGUCAAUAUUUGUUCAAUAUGACGUGACUUAUUACUUUAUUACUUAAGUGGUAAUAAACUACUGUAGCAGUAAAUAAACUGUAGUACACAA